ACUGGCAGAAUUGUUAAAGGCCUGGAAAUGGCUCUUCCCAAAAGUAAAUAUGAAGAAGAUGUUUUUAUUAAUAACCACACGGGUGUUUGGGGUUCAUGGUGGAAGGAUCACCAGUGGGGCUAUAAAUGCUGUAAGCAGACCAUCCGUAACAGUUAUUGCACUGGGGCUGCUGGAAUUGAGGCUGCUGAGGCAGCAGCGGACUUAAUGAAGUCUAAUAUUGCUCGUAAAGCAACUUCUGAAGAUACACCAGCCCCAGCUGAAGAGAAAAAGCUAGCUACUUGGGGAAGUGAAGUACCUGAUGAUCUCGUCCUCGACCAGAAGAAACUUAAUGAAGCUCUCAAGAAGGAGGAUGAAAGAAGGAAGGAGGAGAGGGAUGAAAGAAAGCGUAAAUACAAUGUGAGAUGGAAUGAUGAGGUAACUGCGGAGGACAUGGAGGCAUAUAGGAUGAAGAAGGUACGUCAUGAUGAUCCCAUGAAGGAUUUUCUUAACUAACUUGCCUACUUGUAUUGUAAAUGUUUAGUUUUAGUUCCAAUGAUCAUCAAGGGAACCUCUCAUCUGAGCUUUCAAAACAUAAAGUUGUGAUUGUGAAGAUUUGAGGUUGUCCAACGUAUAAUGG